AUGGAAGAAGAUAAAUUUAUAGCUACUCUAGCUCUUAAAAAAUCUGCUAUCCAUUGCGCAAGACACCCAGGAAGAGAUGUCUACGGAGCUCUUGUUGGUGAUAGCAAAGUUAAUGAUGCAAUUCCUUUAUUCCAUACCAGACCUACGACUGCUGCUACAGAAGUCGCUCUUUUAAUGCUCAGUCAAUUUAAUAUCAUUGGCUUCUAUGAAAGCCGAAUCAGAGGAGCUAAUGAAGAAUUAGAGCCAAGCAGAUAUAUUACACAGCUUUGCCAAGCCCUCAAGAAUAAAGGGGCAGCUUCUGUUUUUGUGCUUUGCAUUGAAAGCGAUUGGAAUGAAUCAAAUAUUAUGGCAUUGUUUAGACUUGAUAAUAAAGGGACAAAUUUUACAAAACAGACAUUUGACGCGAGUUUUAACAAAAUGAGCUUAACAGAUUUCUUAAUUGGUCAUGAAAACAUUGUUGAUAUCGAUGAUCACUUGGCGAAUCCACGAUUAGACUGGAGAAAUCAAAAUAUUCAAUAA